UUGGCUUGAAAAAUGUGGCACACCCUGCGACUUCUCGCUGCCGGACUCGCCACGUGUGCCGCGUACAGCUUUUACGUGCCGCUCUCGCCCAACGCCGACGUCCCCGACGCCAAGCACGUGGCAACGACCAACCAAUUCAACGCGCAGCGGCUCCUCGACGUCACCAACGCGCUGCGUGUCGCCCACGGUCUCUCUGUCGUCGCCUGGAACCCAGAGCUGAGUGCCAAGCUCCAGGCGUUUGCGAAUUCGUGUCCUGGCUUUGUUCACGGCGGACCCACGGGAUUCCAGAACCUUGCCGGCAACUUUGAGUCGUGCGCGUCGUCGGCGUCGUGCUGGGGCGACCGCACGGGGGCUUGGCAAUGGUACGGCGAGGUGGCCAAGUGGGACUUUAAAGCCCAAAAGUGCGCGACGGGGUCGUGGAGCGACUGCGGCCAUUUCAGCAACAUGAUGUCGCCGAGCAUCACCGACAUGGGUUGCGCCAUGUCCUACUGCCCGUCCAUCAACAAGUACUACAACGUGUGGUGCAACUACAACGGCGCGGUCGUCAACCCGGUCGUGCCGACGUCCAAGUACAAUCUCGAGACGCUCCAAGCCGCGCUCAAGAACCAGUCGCACGAGCUCUGGACGGCGCUCCGACUCGCGACGCCGCCGUAACGCAGGCCUGCACGCGUCGAGGGCGACGGUUUGAGGGGGCCUCCUAAUCGAAUGUGCAUUUUUUGUUGUCAAAACACCGAUUGCCGGCGGAUUUGAAGUGGCAGAGGUCGAGAGAGG